UUUCCUGUUCAGCCCACACAGAGACUGAGGUCAGACAUCAGUACACAUCAGGCUCCUGUAUAGAGAGUCACUUCAGUCAGUAUGAGGAAGACGGUGAAUAUCUGUAGCUGCCUGUUAGUCUUUGUUCUGGGCUGUAAUGUCACUGCCGCAAUAAAUAAUGCAGUAGUCGAGGAGAAGAGCCAGAUCACUCUGCCAUGUCCUCACCCUGCGGAGGGUAAAGUGACGUGGAGCAGAGAGAGAAACGGAAACAGAGUUGACAUACUUAUAAUUGAUGGUGACGGAGAAAUAAGACACAAUGAUCCCGACAGACGAUAUAAUUCAGUGGCAGAUAAAUUUAAGUCACUUUUCAUUAACAGAGUUAAUCUCUCGGACACUGGAAGAUACCUGUGUAAUAAUGAACCAGCUGUGGAGCUGACGGUGAUCAAACCAGGAGAAACAGCCAGACUCACUGUUGUAGAAAGAACCAACAUCACUCUGAAUUGUCCCUCUGCUGUUUCUGGGUUAAGAGAUCCAACAUGGACCAGAGAAAACUGUGGAACAAACAUCACUGUUUCCAGUCAAAAUGAGAUGGAUAAGCACGCUCGAUAUUCAACCACGGAAGAGACGCUGACUAUAACAGACGUGCAGCCUGAUGACGCUGGACUGUACUACUGUGAUGGAAAACCAGUUGUGCAUCUGAAUGUGACCAAAGAUGAGCAGUCUGAGAAAGCUGUUGUUUUGGUGCUUGGAAUAUUCCUCCCCUUGCUCUUCAUCAUUCUCAUCAUCCUCUUCCUCAUUUGGAGAUGCAGGAUCAAAAGACGAGGAAGUGGUGAACAAAAGGUUGAGGUGGUUUACGCUGAGAUAACUGAUGGAUUGGUGGUCGAACCACAAGAUGGAUCAAAACAACUUGACGUCACAUACUCCGUCAUCCAAGGCCUCCCAACAGGAAACAAGACCGUAGCUUCUCGGCCCAAUGAGAGCCCUUAUUCCCUGAUCAAACUAGCCUGGUCUUCAGAGAAUAUGAAGGUCACAGAUGAAUGACUCUGCAUAUUUUUACCUGAAUAAUGAACUUUAAUCAGAAAUUCCUGAGAACCAAAAACAGAAUUUGCCUUCAUCUCCUCCUGCCAGCUGGAUGUUGAUCCAAUAAUUUAUGCCGUAUGAUAUAUUAUGUUUCAGCUGAACUUUUAAUUAAUAAAGUAGUAAGACCACUUUUUGAUGGUCUUGGUCUCGUCUCGGACUCGAGUCGCAUUUGUACUCAGUCUUGUCUCGGUAUCUGACGUUGAGGACUCGGGAUUUUAUUUCAACACCAGUCAAGAACAUAACUUUGGGAAUAUCAAUAAAUUGUUUUUACAUCGUAUAUUUAUUUGUUAACAUCCUAACUUUGAUUGGAUGUAAAACGUACUGCUUCAAAUGCAUUCAAACCCUAAUUAUGAAUGUGUUGUUCCCUUUAAAAACUCACCCCCUACGAUGGUAAACAUGGAAAAGGAGAGUUGAUUAAAGAUGACUCGGUCGCAGCCCCUAAAAGUCUCGAUAAACUCUGGUCUUGGUCUUGACUUGGUCUCAGUUUGGGCGGUCUUGACUACAACACUAAUUGUAAUAUUCAGUUAAUUUAACUUUUUGCAAAUUAUUCAAGACAAUAUAAUAUUUUGAAAUUGUGUCUUCUGAUAAAUUAAUAUAAUGAAUCAUUACACAAGCAUCUUUAAUCUUCAGUUACAUUAAUUUAUUAUUUUUUAACCAUCUGAUUUUUACAGCAAUAAUUGAAGCUGUCAACACAAAUCUCCAUGUUCCAGGACAAUGACGCUUAGUUCUUCCCAGACAUUGUUUAGGGAAGAGGAAGAAGAGCAGGGAUGAGUGGGAACUUUUUCUCACACUUCAGUCAGAUCAGCAGCAGCUCUGCAGUCAGAUGGUUUUUAUCCGAAGAUGUUCACUUUUACAAACUUCUGUCACGUUUGGUUCCUGCACACAGUUCUGAUCUGCUGCAGUGAAAACUCCACAGGUACAGAAGAAUAUCGUAUAUUAACAUUUUAAUCUGACCAGUAGAUUGUAUUUGCUUUGGAUUCAUGUUUCAAGUGCAAAAGUAUUUGCAAAAUUGUUUUACGGUCACUUUGUAUAGUUGUAUAAAGUUGUUUUCUGUGUUAAGAAUGUUACAUUUAUCUCAAUCAUGUGUUUCCUCAUGUAGGAACUUGUUCGCUAACAGUUCUCAUGGCUAAAUAAAAGACAGGUUCAAUUUUACCAAAACCUUUCAAAGUUUAACAUAAAAUACUUUGGAAUAAAUGUUUAUUUUGAUUUAAACUUAAGAACGUUUGUUGCUAUAAAACACAAAAAAACAUUUGACUCAACAGAAUAAAGAUUUGUUUUACAUUUUA